AUGUCAUUUGCAAUGUCCUCAUCGCCGCAUAAGCGUCCCAUAAGUGCGAGACUAAAGCGCUGCAACUCGUUGCGCAUUCUACUUGGCAUACUUGUGAUACUCAUGCUAGUUGUGCUCUUCAUGGAGAUAUCGUUUGUCUCAUCCGAUAUCGAGCUCGAGAAGUACCGGGAAAUUAGUCGCGCAAUUGCUCUUGCUGCUGAGACCUCUAUAAAUAGCUCGUUUACAAUUGCAGAUAAAUUCUAUCCGGAUGAAAUAUUAUCCAUCGACUGGAGUAAGCAUAUCAAGAAAAGUGAUAUCGUGCACCAAGCGGCAUUGUAUCAAGCCUGUUUGCGACACAAGACGAGUGUCAUCUUACCCUCAUAUGGGCGAUCCGAAAAGAACGAAACUUGGAAUCUUAUGCAACUUGUCAAUCAGACCGACCCGGAACGGUUCCAGAAACUGCAGCAAUGUCCUGAUAUCGACAUUUUUGUGCCCGAAGGACUACGAAAUUUUGGCUAUUGCGAGGACGCCGCGGCUUAUGCGAAAUUUCUUGAGGCAAGAAUGCUACCAUACUGGGCGCUGGACCCCAACAAAUCAAGCAGCGAAUCUACUUACCAUGAUUCAUGUCAGAACACGCCCGUUAUUUUCUUCAACCACUAUUCAGAAGGUUUGCUUGACCUUCCGAAUUGGCCUGCAAAUAAGCCAGUCUACUUGAUGCCGAAUAUUGAAAUGUUCGAACUGGAAAGCUGGGAAUCCGCGAGGAACGAGAGUUUUAUACACGCGCCACACGACGUCGAAUUUGGCGAUGGUAUACAAAAGCCAAUUGAAUUCGAGCGCAACGGGGAUAAGUCUGAAUAA